AUGUCAGAUCAAUAUUCCGAAAAGAACGACAGCAAAGCAGUCUCCAACAAUGACGCCGAGGUACCGAUUGAGGGCGAUGUCUACAAUGUGACCGAUCACGGUGCAGACUCCCAGCUGAAGCGCCAGCUGGGAUCUCGCCAUAUCAGUAUGAUUGGUCUCGCUUCCUCUAUUGGCAUGGGUCUUUGGCUGGGAUCAGGAACCUCGUUGAUGCAUGCCGGACCCGCUGGUAUUUUUAUUGGCUACCUGUUGUCUGGAAGUGUCAUUUGGAGUGUCAGCCACAGUAUUGGAGAAAUGUCAAUUCUGUACCCCCUUCCCAGUGCGUUCGUGCAAUGGACCAAUAUCUUCGUCGAUAAAUCUGCCGGUUUUGCUCUGGGCUGGGCUUACUGGCUGUCCUUCUGGAUCACAAUCGCCAAUGAACUACAAGGUGCCGUGACCGUUAUCAAUUUCUGGACAGACGCCGUCCCUGUAGCUGCUUGGAUUACUAUUUUCUGGCUUAUCAUCAUCGGGGUGAACGUCGGUGCGGUGAAAUGGUUUGCGGAGAUUGAGGUUGUCGCUGCCACUAUCAAGUUCGGCUUCAUCUUUAUCGUUAUCAUUUCUGGUAUUGUGCUGUCCGCUGGUGGUGGCCCCAAAGGUGGUUAUCCAGCCCGACCAGGAGGCACUAUGGGCUUCCAGUUCUGGAACGAGAUGCCUUUCAUCAAUGGAUUCAAGGGAUUCCUUUCCGUCAUGCCAACGUGUAUCUUUGCGCUAUCCGGGUCCGAGAAUGCCGGUCUCGUCGCUGCUGAGACGAAUAACCCUCUUCGAUCGGUUCCCAAGGCAGUGAAGUCAAUGUGGGUCCGGUUGAGUCUCUUCUACAUUCUCGGUAGCUUGAUCGUCACUAUCAACGUUAGCCCCAAGGACUCCAAUCUGUUUGGCGGAUCCGGCACCAAUGCCAGUCCCUUUGUUAUCAUGUACAGAAAUGACGGAGUGGCACCACUGGCUCACAUCAUGAACGCUGUCAUUCUUGUCUCGGUGCUCUCCACUGGUGGUAUCUCUGGGUACGGCGGAUCUCGCAUCCUGGUCGGUCUGUCGCAGCUCGGCAUGGCUCCAAAGGUAUUCCAGAACACCGAUAGCUGGGGUCGUCCGUGGUGGGGCCUUGCCCCUACCCUCAUCAUUGGAGGAGGCCUGUCGUACCUCAACGUCAGCAACAGCGGUUCAACCGUAUUCGGCUGGUUCUCCAACUUGACAUCCCUGUUCACUCUCUUCGGCUGGGGCAUGAUUUGCCUAUCGCACAUCCGCAUGCGCCUCGCUUGGAAAGCCCAGGGUCGUUCUGUCGCCGAGCUUCCAUGGAAAUCAUGGGCCUUCCCCUGGGCUGCCUACUGGGGUCUUUUCUGGUGCUGCCUGCUCAUCGUCGUAGAGUUUUAUCUGGCUGUGUGGCCGCUUGGUGACAAGCCUAGUGCGAAGAACUUCUUCGCGAACUACCUUUCCGUGGUGGCUAUUGUGAUCCUCUACAUUGGAGCAAAGAUCUACUACCGUGGCAGACGAUGGAACAACAUUCUUGAUAUUGAUCUUGAUGGUUCAAGAAGAUUUUACGCUCCCAAGGAUGAGGAGGGUCGUGAGAGCUUCGUUAAGAAGUGGCUCAAGUUCCCUACUAAGCACUAA